AUGGGGCAGCACCAAAACCUCAAAAGAAAAAGAGGCGCUGAUCCUGACCAUCAGACAGCAAGAGAACAUGAUGCUCAGCCACCUCCUCUGAGUAUUGAAGUGCCUAAAAUGAGAGAUCUUCCAAACAAGUCAAAACCUUGGAGUGAUGUCCAGCUCCCUGUUGACAUUCUCUUGUUGACGGUGAAAGACUGUGAGUUCUUGGCAUGUUAUACAUACUUGAAAAAUGCCUUCAAAAGUUAUCUUUUGAACCUUGGACAUGUGUACUUUGGGACAAUGGGUGAAAGUGGAGAGGAAUCACUGAAAGUUGCUUUGAUGAGAUGUUCUAAAGGUUCUUCUGGUCCAAGUGGUUCUUUAGUUACCAUCAAAAAUGCAGUGGUGCAACUGGGACCCAAAGCUGUGUUUUUUGUUGGCUGCUGCACUGGUUUUAACCAGAAAGGCACCAACUUAGGAGAUGUGGUUGUAUCCUCUACACUAACAACUGAUGAAUUCACAACCCCUGUAAGAAGAAAUAUUGCCAACCUGAUCAGAUUUUCAACUGAAGGAUGGAAUCCACCAUUAAAAGAUCCAUCAGCUGGAGAACAAGUACAAGUACACCGUGACACCGGCAUAUUGAGUGGCGUUAAUGAGCCAGCCAUUGCCAAACAACACCGUAGUUCCGAGUCUCAUAUGAUUGCUUCUGAAAGGGAAGGGGAAGGUAAGAUUUUGUAUAAAUCACUGAUUUUAUAACUGACAGUUACAAUUUUAGGUAUAUUAUGCAGUGUCUGGAGAUUGAGUUUUACUAAGUUGCACGUCCAGCUAAAGCCUAACCCUGGUAUCACAGUUCGUCAUUGGUAACCACAUAUUUCAACGUACACUAUUUACAUGUAGCAGAGUUGCAAUUAUUGUGACCACGUGUGACCAUGGUGUGUGACAUAAAAUGGGCUGUGUUUGAUAUACAGAAUCUGAAAGAAUUAAUAACAAUAGAUAACAACAGAUGUUGGACGGACUAUGACAAUGGAUCAAGAACAGAACAUUAUGAAUAAAAAUGUAGAUUAAAAACAGUGGAUUCCAUUAUAUGAAAGUCUACCCCAUGAAGUUCUAGAUCAUAUGUAUUUCCACACUGCCAACCAUGUCUUCGUGACCGUGGGGUUGUUAUCAUGUCUACAAAUUACGAAAAGUUCAGGUAUUACUAUAGUGAACCAAGUGUAAUGGCUAAGCAUUAAUUUCCAUGUUGAGUUAAAUUUCUGCUUUGUGUUUAUCAGGUUCAACCACACACCUGAAAAAUCUCAUUUUGCGUGGUCUCUAUUUUUUCUUUCCAUUUGUAGGACUGUUUGCUGCAGCCCAUGAUUUGAACCUUGAAUGGGUGAUUGUUAAAGGGAUAUCUCAUUUUUCUAAUGAUAGUAACACUCCUGAUGAAUCCUGGAAGUCAUUUGCAUCCAUCAUGGCAGCUUCUCUUGUAUCUAACAUGUUAAAUGAUCCAGUUGUUUUUAAUGAGUGGCCUCACUAUGAAAGUAUGUAU